UAGUAUCAAUAGUGGUGUACUGUGGUCAAGUUGAAAGUAGGCUGUGAUACAAAGUACAGUGUGAAAAUACACAAUCAAAAUAAUUAUGAGUUCUAAUAAAAAGCCGACGAAUUUUCAUAAAUCCAAAUCGUACUUGAAGAAAAAGAAGUCUACGAAAUCCAAUGAUAAAGAAAGUGAUCAGAGCAAGAAUAGAACAUAUCAAUCUCUGGAUCCAGAUCAGAUACGUCAAUUACUGAAUGAAGAUAAUACAUACGUGGAUUUUAAGAUUCCUUAUUAUGGAUGGAAAUUAUUUUUUUCUGAUGAAGAUUAUAAAGAUGAUUCGGAUACUGUUAAAAAAGUUCAAGCAGUAGAGAAUUUCAUUCGUACACAUCAACGAUUGUUUUUACCAUUUACAAUUGAAAAUUUAGAAAAUUGUUCAGUAUUUUCUGUUGACAUAAGAGAUCUAUAUAGUGACAGUAAUUUUUUAAACGAAUGGCCGGAUUUUAAUACAAAUAUUUCGGAAGAUCCGUCGCGUACAUUGAACUGUUUCAAACUUGCUAUACAUCAGCAAAUAUUAAAUACAAUACCUAAAGAAACUUUGACUCCUAUAGACAUUAUAAGUAAUGUAUCCACAGUCAGAUUGAAAAUAUUAAACUAUUUACCAAUCGUACCAUUACAAGACAUAAAAGCCAAUUAUUACGGGAAAUUAAUAUCCAUUAGAGGCUGUGUAAUAAGAGUAGGUCGCGUGAAACAUCUUGCACAGUGGAUACUAUUUAGUUGUUGUCAAUGUAAUUUACAGCAAUUGAAAAAACUGCCAUUGGGAGUUUAUAAAGUUCCAAAGAAAUGUAGUCAAUGCGGUGUUUCGAAAUUCCGUGCAAAUUUAGACUCACCGUUGGUGAAAAGUACCUCCUUCCAAACCAUCAAAAUACAAGAGAUUUCUAAUAAUGAUCAGAAUAGUAAAGGUGGCAUACCUAGGAUGCUUGACGUUGAAAUAAUUGAUGAUUUAGUAAAUACUUGCCUGCCUGGAGACGAUAUUGUAUUGACAGGAAUUAUAAAGGGAACUAAUGAUGGCUCUCGAAAUAAAAUUUCGUUCUCCUUAUACAUGGAAGCCAUCACGAUAAUCAAUAGUAAACAGAAACUUCAAAAUGAAAGUAUCACAGAUAACGAAAUGCGGAUAAAGGAUUAUAUGGCAAUCAAGGAAGUAUAUAAUAUGCCAAAUAUCUUUGCACAUUUGGUACACUCGCUUUGUCCAACUAUUUACGGUCAUCAAUUGGUAAAGGCUGGAUUGUUAUUAAGUUUAUUUGGCGGUAACAUGGAACGCUCCGAGAUACGGGACAAUAUUCACGUACUGGUAAUCGGUGAUCCUGGCCUUGGUAAAUCUCAAAUGUUACAAGCUUGUACCCGAGUUUCCGCUAAAGCUGUAUACGUAUGCGGAAAUUCAAGUACGUCAUCUGGUCUCACGAUAACAGUUGCGAAGGAGAAGCAAAGUAACAAUUUUGCUUUAGAACCGGGAGCCUUGGUCUUGACCGAUAGGGGCUGUUGCUGUAUCGACGAAUUUGAUAAAAUGUCCAAACAACAUGCGGUUUUGUUAGAAGCAAUGGAACAACAAUGUGUAAGUGUUGCAAAGUCGGGCAUAGUGUGCUCUCUUCCUACUAGAACCUCGAUUCUAGCAGCUGCAAAUCCAAUUCAUGGUAGAUUCAAUAGGACUAAAACAAUGAUACAAAACUUGAAUAUGAACGCUCCUCUUCUGUCACGCUUCGAUUUGAUAUUCCUACUGCUAGAUGAACCAAAUCAGAUUAUAGAUGAUUUGCUAUCCAAACACGUCAUGUCAAUGCACUCUGGUUUGCAUUUAAAUGAAGAUAAAAGUAGGCAAAGUAGUACAAAUAUACCGGAUAUAGAUAGUAAUCUGUCAUUAAGAGAUAAACUUGCAUGUUUUAUGACUGACAACGCGAACAUUAUUCCACAAGCGAUUCUCCGAAAAUAUAUUGCUUAUGCUAAACAAUACGUAAAACCAACGAUAAGUGAAAAAGCGGCGAAGGUUUUGCAAAAUUAUUAUUUGGAUCAACGAAGUAAAAUUAAUAGGUUCGAAGAUUUAUCCGUGUGCAAUAGGCAGUUGGAGGCAAUGAUUCGUUUAACGGAGGCCAGAGCUAAGUCUGAGUUGCGUACAGAGGCGACUGAAACCGAUGCCUUAGAUGUAAUCGAAAUUCUCCAACACACGUAUGAGAGUAAAACUAUAAAAUAUGAUUUUCCAAGCUCGAAGAAUAUAACUAGUGGAAAAGUCAAGAAGUUUGUCAGUAUUUUACAAGCGGAAACAUCUUCUGAUAGCAGUAAACGAUUCACUAUGAGAAGAUUAGAAGAAAUUGCGUCGAGCAAUAAUAUAAUAGUCGAUAAUUUCUCUGAGUUUGUACUUAAAUUAAAUCAAAACGGUGUGCUGUUGAAGGCGGGAAAUAAUACGUUCAAAUUUAUCUCUUAGUUUGUAUGCUUACUUUUUAUACAAUAUAACACUCGUACUGUCAUCUUAGAUGAAAAA